AUUGGGACAGGUCCUUUCAUUGUCAUAGGCACUUGCCAUACGCACUUGCAGCAUGUUUCGACCAGGCCUCUCGCCAUCACGCUCUUCGUGCGAUUCGCUCUCGUCGUUGCGAUCGUCGUGCUCGUCGUCUUCGUCCAGCACCUCGUCGUCGUCAACGUCGCCGUCGGUCCCUUCCUCACCGACACGGGCGACAAGGUCAACCACUAAACAGAAAGCUAGACUUGCAACUAGUAAUCCUUGCACGCCCACCAGGAAGACUUCGGCCAGCGUCUGCCUUACCUCGCAAGCGUCGCCAUCGACCAAGAUCAAGGCGUUGCCCAUCACGGCCAAGCGAAAGGUCAAGACGAGGGCGGCCACGGCGGCCGCCUCGAAAAUUGCAAGGGUCGACGAGGAGGACGAGGAGGCCGUCGAGGCUGCAGGGGACGAAAGCAAUGUCUUUGAGGCGGACAUGUCGACUGUGACUGCGGGGGAUGCCAGCAUGUUGGUCAGGGGUGAAGAUGAAGAUGCCGAGGGAGAAGUCGAGGGAGAGGAAGAGGAGACUGGGGACCAGGUGCAGGAAGCAGCGCCUCUGGAGGAGGACGGUACAUCUGCCCACAACGUCGUCGUCUGUGUUCGAGUUCGACCAGGUGGUGCGGGCGAUGAGAGUGGAGGAGGUGGCCUCUGGACGAUGGACAAGGACAACAACCGCAUCGUGCCGACAGAGAACCACCCGACGCUGGCGAAGCGCACCUCCUCAUCGGUCCAAUCUUCCAACAGCUCAACCUCGAUGCUGCAGCAGUCGAAUUCCGCCAUUGACAUAAAUGACCCGCAGAACAAAGCAUACGAUUUCCGCUUCGACAGCCUCGUUACGCCCGCAGAGGACACGGCGCAAAUGUAUGCAAACAACAUCGAGCCAGUCGUCGACGCAGUCGUCAAGGGCUACAACGGCACGGUAUUUGCCUAUGGACAGACGGGAAGCGGCAAGACACACACUAUGAGCGGCGCUGGGUCUGAGAAGGGUGUCAUUCCCCGGGCCGUCGAACAGAUCUUUGAGGGCGUCGAAAAGACGUCCUCAAGGGAGUUCUUGCUCCGAGUCAGCUACCUCGAAAUUUACAACGAGACGCUCAAAGACCUCUUGGCUCCGCUCGGUUCGUCGGCCUCGUCGGCAGACCUUGCCGCAUCGGCAAGCUCGUCAUCGCUGCGACCUGCCUCGCCAACCAAGGGAGGCACGUCGCACACCGUGACCUCGGCGGGUCGGACCGUCUCCACGUCGGCCGCUUCCUCCUCCGGCCUUCGAAUUCUCGAGUCUGGCGGCGGACGUGUGCAUAUCGCUGGCCUGCGCGAGGAGAUUGUCACGACAGCAGCUGAGGUCAUGGACCUGCUCGAUCGAGGCCAGCGGCAGCGGCACCAGGCAGCCACUGACUGGAACGAACGAAGCAGCAGGAGCCACUGUGUCUUUAUCCUUACAUGCGAGUCUCGAGAGCGGGGAGCAGCGUCGCAGAACGAGGUCCGCAUCAGCCAGCUCAACCUCAUUGAUCUGGCUGGGUCCGAAAGAGCUGCAAGCGAAAAGGAGCGUCGAAAGGAGGGAGCAUUCAUUAACAAGUCGCUCCUCACUUUGGGUACCGUGAUUGCCAAGCUAUCCGAGUCGGCCGCAGCCGCAGCCUCGGAGCAGGGCGGCAUUCCUGCCUCAGCGUCUUCCUCCCACAUUCCCUAUCGCGACUCCAAGCUGACUCGGUUGCUGCAAACGUCGCUCGGAGGAAAUGCCCGCGUGGCCGUCGUCUGCACCCUCUCGCCUCGGCUUGAGCAUGCCAUCGAGUCUCUGUCCACGCUCCGCUUCGGCCAGCGCUGCAAGAUGGUCGUGACAAAGGCCAAGCGGGGCACAGUCAUGGAUGACAAGGCCCUGAUUCAGCGCUACAAGCGCGAACUCGAUCGUCUGCGCGCCCAACUGAGCAGCAGCGGCGACAAAGUCACCGUCGCAGGGGGAGGAGUGGUCUCUGUCGAGGAGGAUGCAGCCGCAAAGAAGCAGCACGAGGCGCUCGUCUCAAAGAGGGAGGCCGUCGAAAGAGACGUGGGCAUGAUGGAGGAGAAGAGGGCGGACCUCAAGAAGCAGAUCGAGCACCUGACCAGACUCAUUCUUACGAGCAAGAAGACGGAAGCAGAGGAGCAGGAUGACAAUUCGGCGGAGAGCCAGCCGAGGAGAAGGAUGGCGAGGAGGAGCGACCUGGGGACGAGCAGUCCUUCGAAGCGACAAAAGACGCUGGCGGCCGCCAUGUCUCUCGAUAGUCCAAUGCAGCGACUGGCUCCGAGCGGUGCCGGCACCGCCGCACCGACAACGCCAUCCAUGUCCACUUCAAAGCCAUUUGCCAUGGAGGCUGAGCUUUCUUCGCUGCGGCGCGAGCUCGCCUCAGCCAUUGCAGCACGACAGGCCUCGGAAGCAGCCAGGCGCGAAGAGGUCCGGCUGUGGCAGGCGAGGGAAAAGGAGCUUCAAGUGCAGCUCGAUGACGCAGAUGCAGAGCUGGACGAAGCGGAGGAGGCUUUCAGCAAGUUAAGAACCGAGCGGGAUGAGGCGAGGAACAUUGCGCACGAAGAGAGGGAAGCAAACAGGCUCCUGAAGCUCGUGGCGCAGAGCAAGGGUUUAAAGGAUAGGGAGACGAUCCAGAAGGAGAUUUUGGAAGGCGAGUCGAAGCGACGGCUAGAGUGGGAAGAGGCGAAGAAGAGCGAGUGGGAGAAGGAGAGAAGCGCAGCUGCAGAGAGGGAACAGAAGCUCCGAAGCCAGAUCGAGGAGCUUGAGAAGCGAGUCGUAAUGGCGCAAGAGGUCACCAAAGAGCAAGUCACCAACCGCCCCAAGGAGGAGGGAGGAGCCAAGGACUCGGACGACGAGGAAAAGGAGAGGCUCCGAGAAGAAGUCAAGGAGCUCAAGAAACAGCUCGGGCGCCAAAACGCCAAGGACGAAGAAGACAAAGAGGCCCAGGAAGACUUCGAUGACUUGGUGAAGGGAGCCGGAAUGACGCCCAGCCCGUGCCCCACGCCCAUCCGGGCAGGUGACAGUGCCUUGGCGUCCAAAGAACGCGAGGCUGAGCUGCAGCAAAAGCUAGACGAGAUCAAGCGGCGCGAAGAGGCCGUCGAAGCGAGGGAGCAGCAAGAAGGCGCCGGCGCACAGCAGCAACAGCAGCAGCAGCAGCAGCAGCAGCAACAACAACAACAACGCGAUGAGUCGGAGGAGACUAUCAAGCUGCUCCGUGAAGAGCUGGAAGCGGCCAAGCUCGAAGCCAUCAAUUUGCAGAACCGAGCUGAAGACGCCGAAAUGCGCGCGGCGAAGGCUCCUCCUUUUGCUUCGACGUCAUCUCUCUCCAAGGAUGCAGUCGAGCUUCAGAUCGAAGUCGACAUUCAAAAGUCGAGAAUCGCCAGCCUCGAGAGGCAACUGUCCGAGGCAAAGGCCCACGUACAGAGCAUGAGCCCCUCGCCGCCCGCAUCUCCUCUUCGAAGGGCAGCAUCUCGACUGGGUGGCUCGCUAGAAGCUCGCGCAAGCUUGAGCGGUGGCGGUGCCCUGCAGCGGGGAGGGUCGUUGCGAGAACACCGAAGGUACGACGCUUCUGCCUCUUCGCCCUUUUCCCCUCCCUCUGCUCUGCCCAAGACACUGUCGAAGCGGACAUCACUUGCCGACAUCUCGGUUCGCGAGGCUGGCUCCUUGGCGGCGGACCGCCAGGAGAUUGAAAGGCUCAAUGGCGUCAUCAAGGGUCAGCGAGAAAUGAUGUCGGACCUCGAGAGGAGCGUAGCGGGCUGGAAGAACCGACUCAAGGUGCAGCAGGACAUCAUCACGCGCCUCGUCGAUGCGCUCGAGGGCGGCUCGGCGGCCACGUCCUCGGCGUCGGGCGCAUCGACCUACUCGGCGUCUUCGCACUCCAACAGCCACGACGAUGCGCAGACAAGGAUCCGACCGCUGACAGAGGUGGCCAAGAAUGUCGUAUCGGCACCUACGCCUGCCUUUUUCAAGGACACGCCACCGAUGCAGGACGGUAUCUCUCACUCGCCCGGACGCUUUGGUAGCAACAGAGGAUGGGAAAGCCCAUCGAGAGCCGUGGGGCCCAUGACCCGCUUCGACAUUGGCUCGGCCGGCGGUCAGCUUGCCGGUCUUCGAUCGGCCUUUGAGGCAAAAGACGAAGAAGCCAGGCAGGACAUGGAGACGCUCUCGAGAAACUCGUCUCUGAAGCGCGGCGCAGGUGCGGGUAGCGCCACACCCUCGUCGCCCUAUUAUGGCGCUCACAGCUACAAUCGCGCGCCGGCGACGACAGGUCUGGGCCUGAUGCCUUCCUCGCCCAACAAACCGAGCAGCAAGGCGUGGUACGGAAACUUGCCGGGCAACGAACCGGACCCACUGCCCCUCCCCGAAUCGAACACCAGAGCAGCCAGGCGUGCGAGGCGGAGAAAGACAAUCGACGAGGAAAUCCAGACACUAAUGGGAAGCCCUCGCGUCGAGCUGAGCAAGCGCAGUCUUCUUGACAGUCCGACGAAGAAGUCCACCUCGACGUUUGCCUCGACUUCGCCAGCAAAGAGGCCCUUGCCGCCUACGCCUGGAAGCCCACUGAAGACCUCGUCAAGAGAUUACUAUAUCUGAUACUCCUAGAGCAGCCUACCUCGUUCUUCCGUCACCUCUAUCGCGCAUACACACACAGACACACACACAGUUUCUCUUUUUUUGUUCCAGUGUAUCGUACAGUAAUGCAGCUUUCUCUUUCAAUGCUUACA